CACCGACGGCGCCGGCAAAGAAGAUGAAAACAUUCCUAAAACAUACAGGAGCACUCUUGUACAACUAGGACUCAACACUAUGAAAUCUGCCAAUAUAUGCAUAGGUCGACCAGUCUUGCUUACCAGUGAAGAUGGAAAACAAGAGGUCUGUACUGCUUGGCCCAUUGCAGGCUUCUCAGGAGGAAAAAUUGGCCUGAGUGGAAUCACUCAGAAGAAUCUGGUGGUGAAACCUGGUGAUGUGGUCACAGUUCAGCCUGUGGUCGGUGCGGUGGUACAGGCAGAAGAAAUUUACGUUAAGCUGAGUGCUGUUUGUAGAGUGGGAAAGGAUUGUAAAAGAAACUUUUUUCACAGAGACAAAGAUGCCUGUGUUAAUGUUGAAGAACUGUCUGUCUGUCUUUUGAUAAAUCUAGAUGGGAAGAUAGUAUUGCCGGGCAACCUCUUGCCCCUCACUUUCUAUGGUAGACCUUGCAGCCUCAUGUUGAUGAAGGUGAAAGGAACAGAUGGGGCCCUGUUGGAAAUGCAGGGCAGCAGUGCUUUCAACAAAGAACAAGAGACAACCCUUGAGAAGUCUGACUUGGAAACUAGUGCACUACAUUUAUCCUUACAGCUCAGCAGCUUGGACAUAGAAGACAAGCUAGAAGAUGCACUUACCAGUACGCCAUGCAGAUCAAUGGAUCAGUGUUCAUCAGUUGCAUCCAGUGAUACUGUAACAGGGGCUGAGCAGAUUUGUGCUCAGGUUGAUGAGCUAUGUGAUGAGCAGAAUGUCAGAAGCCUCACUGAUGGUUCUGAAUCAGCUGGAGAAGUCCUCGAGAAAACACUGCUGCAUGGCAAAAAAGGAACAAAAUGCAAUUCUGAUACAUUUUACUUCAUUUCUUCAAGAACAAAGGUCAAUUUUAUUGAGACUCGGCCCACUGUGACAGAACAGGAUUGUAAAUCCAGAGUUACCUAUGAUAUGAUAGGUGGUUUAAGCAGCCAGUUAAAAACUAUUCGAGAGACAUUAGAAUUGCCUUUGAAGCAGGCUGAACUGUUCAAGAGUUAUGGAAUUCCUCCUCCUAGAGGAGUGCUACUGUAUGGCCCUCCAGGUACUGGGAAGACCAUGAUUGCCAGAGCCGUUGCAAAUGAAGUUGGAGCUCAUGUUUCCAUUAUUAACGGUCCUGAAAUAUUAAGCAAGUUUUAUGGUGAGACUGAAGCAAGAUUGCGACAGAUAUUUGCUGAAGCUUCUCAGCGCUGCCCCUCAAUUAUAUUUAUAGAUGAACUGGAUGCACUGUGUCCAAAGAGAGAAGGAGCUCAGAAUGAAGUUGAAAAGAGAGUCGUAGCUUCGUUGCUAACACUGAUGGAUGGCAUUGGCUCAGAGGAUAGUGAAGGUCAGCUCUUGGUGCUAGGUGCCACAAACCGUCCUCAUGCACUGGAUCCCGCAUUACGGAGACCUGGGCGUUUUGAUAAAGAGAUAGAAAUUGGAGUUCCAAAUGCACAGGACCGACUAGACAUACUGAGCAAGCUUCUUCAUCAGGUUCCUCAUCUACUGACUGGAACAGAGUUGGUGCACCUGGCUGACAGUGCACAUGGAUAUGUGGGAGCAGACUUGGCAGCAUUAUGCAAGGAAGCAGGUUUAUAUGCCUUGCGGAGAGCACUGGGAAAGCAAACUAACCUAUUAGACAGUGAGGUGGCUGGGUCAGUGAUGAUUACUUUCAAUGACUUCCUGCAGGGGAUGAAUGAUGUCAGGCCCAGCGCCAUGAGGGAGGUGGCUGUCGAUGUACCAAAAGUAUCUUGGUCAGACAUUGGGGGACUAGAUAAUGUCAAACUGAAAUUGAAACAGGCAGUAGAGUGGCCAUUUAAGCAUCCUGAGUCCUUCAUCCGGAUGGGGAUUCAGCCACCAAAAGGAGUACUGCUUUAUGGACCUCCUGGAUGCUCAAAGACAAUGAUAGCUAAAGCUUUGGCCAAUGAAAGUGGCCUCAACUUCUUGGCAGUCAAGGGACCUGAACUGAUGAAUAAAUAUGUUGGUGAAUCUGAGCGAGCAGUGAGAGAGAUCUUCAGGAAAGCCAGAGCUGUGGCUCCCUCAAUUCUUUUCUUUGAUGAAAUAGAUGCUUUGGCAGUUGAAAGAGGGAGCUCUUCAGGUGCUGGGAAUGUAGCAGACCGUGUCUUGGCUCAGUUGUUAACGGAAAUAGAUGGGAUAGAACAGCUAAAAGACGUGACAAUUUUGGCAGCUACAAACCGACCGGAUAUGAUAGACAAGGCUUUGAUGAGACCUGGACGACUUGACAGAAUCAUCUACAUCCCCUUGCCAGAUGAAACCACUCGUCAAGAGAUUUUUAAACUUCAGUUUCAAUCGAUGCCCAUCAGUGAUGAAGUCUGCUUGAAGGACCUUGUUCAGCACACGCACAAGUAUUCAGGAGCAGAGAUAACAGCAGUCUGUAGAGAAGCAGCCCUCCUAGCACUUCAGGAAGAUAUCCAAGCGAAAUGUAUUAUGAGAAAACAUUUUCAGCAAGCAUUGACUAUUGUGAGGCCUAGAAUUCCUGAUUCACUUAUACAGUUUUAUUCAAACUAUCACCAGGAGAGUGGACUGCAUGCACUCUGAGAAGUGAAUACAUAUAUGCGCGGACCCAUUAUGUACAUCUUUGUAAAGUUCUUGUGAGCCAAAGAAGUUCUUAUUGUGAAUGCAAUGAAGUCUAAGGCAAAAGCUUCAUAAUAAUUUUUUUUGUGGUGACUGGGUAUUAUAUGAGCUCAGUGUGUACUGGUAACUUUACAAUAAAAUAGCAUAAUUGGAA